AUGCGUGUCCUGCAGACAAGCCCAGGACUUGUGUUCUCACUGCAGGAUGUCUUGGCUACCAGCCUAUCUGCCAACUAUCCUCCUCAGAAACUGCGGGGCUCCAGGGUUUCCCAAGCGGCGCCCGAAGCGCAGGGCCGGGCGGACCGCGGCGAGGGCGGGGACCGCGCCCGCGCUCAGACUCCGGACCCGGCGGCGGGUAUCGGGGCGCGGCUCCCGGCCUGGCGCGGACUUCGGCCGCGGCUGCCGCUCGGAGCACGUUCCCGCCGGACGCCGAGCCCCGCGGCUGCCCGCAGGAUGCGCGCCCUGGCCGCCCCGGACGCCGACGCCGCGGGCCCCCGGGCUCGGGACGCGGAGGCGCCGCCGCGCCGGAGCGCGGCCGAGAGGCUGGCGGCCGACCGCGCCAAGUACGUGCGGGGCCUCGCGCCCGAGGGGCCCGCGGGCGACCCCCACGGCCCCGCACGCGCCCCCGAGCCCGUGGUGCGCAGGGUGAUCGCGCGCAAGCCGCUGCGGCCCGACUCGCUGGUCAUGUACCGGCAGAAGUGCGACUUCGUCCGCGGGUCCGACGCCGACGCCGCGCGCGCGGGGCUGGCGAAGAGGCGCGUCCCGGGCCCGGGCAGGGACCGGGCCGCGGGCCCCGCCGAGGAGGGGGCGGCAGGGGCGGCGGGCAGGGCCGGCGCCGGGGAGGCCGCUGCCCCCGAGGCCCCUGUGCCCCCGGCCCCCGGCCCGCCUGCGCCCCCGGCCCCCGGCCCGCGCCCCGCGGUCCCCGCGUCCGACCUGGCCCCCAGCAGCGCGGCGGCCGCGCGCGGGGGUCCGGAGCUGCGCGGGGCGCGGCGAGCGGGGCUGCGGCGCUCGCAGUCCGACCUCAGCUCCCGCUUUUCCGUGUCGCUGGCCGAGCUGGACUCCUUCUUCCAGUUCUGCGGCCUGGAGCCCGACGUGGUGGAGGCGCUCGGCCGCGAGAACUUCUCCGCCGACGGCGAGCGCGCGGCGCGCAGGUCCCGCUGCGUGAGCGUCGCCACCUCCGACAGCGGCUUCUCGCGGCGCAGCGACGAGGGGCUGCAGGAGGAGGAGCUGACGGAGCAGGUGCCCAGCACCACGUCGGUGGUGGAGAGGAACGCGCGCAUCAUCAAGUGGCUGUACACCUGCAGGAAGGCCAAGGAGGCCCCGCGCUCCGCGCCGCAGGGCCCCGUGUGAGCCGCCGGCCGACCCUCACCCAGACCCAGGAUGCCAGUCUUCUUAUGACGGGGCAGUGAAACAUGCUGUGGAUAUUGGGGAACCAGGACCUUGCUCGCUGCCACCAGGUUAGCCAGGGCUCCAGAUGAGCAUCAUUGCUGCUUCCCAGGAAAAC